AUGCUUAGGUAUACGAUUGCAGCCGCAGUAGCAACUGGCGAUUAUGCAUCGCUGGACGCUUCUUACAAACCAGCCAGCGAUUUCACAAAAGCCGAGAUUGCAGAGUCCGUCAAGAACCUCAACUUCAGCGACUAUACAAUGUAUGAGGAGGUUGACCGUGGAUUUGUUGUCGCCCCAAACACAACAAGAAUAAUGGAUACAAGCGGCGAAAAUGUAGCUAUCGAUUCCGACGCCAUUAUUGCGCUGGUUACACCUGACUCAACCGAAUGUCCGGAUACCGUCAACCCCUCCACAUGGCGACAGGCGCAGUUCCUGGCGCGUACUGGUGUCUACAAAGUGCAAGACAAAGUGUAUCAAGUACGUGGUAUGGAUCUGGCUACAAUGACUAUCAUUGAAGCUCCUGAAGGACUGAUAGUGGUAGAUCCACUUGGCAGCUCCGAGAGUGCCAAGAUAGCAUUUGAACUAUAUAUGACGCAUGUCGGCCCCCAUACCGGCGCCAAUCUAACACUACACAGUGUCAUUUUCACACACUCUCACAUCGAUCAUUUCGGCGGAGUCCUCGGGCUCGCACCAGAGGAAUCCUUUACUAACGGUUACAUUCAAGUGGUUGCCCCUCUAAACUUUGUCGAAGAAGCGCUGUCCGAGAACUAUAUGGUCGCCGGAUCGAUGUUCCAACGUGCAUUCUACAUGUACGGAAACCUUAUCAAACCUCAUGCCCAGGGCUCAAUCCGCGCUGGACUCGCAUUCGGUGCUGCCAACUCACAGUUUGGCUUCGUGGCACCCACCAUCUCUAUUGACACUGAUCUCGAUCACCAUACAGUGGCUGGACUGGAUUUUGAAUUCAUGCUGACUCUGAGUACUGAAGCACCAAGUGGGUUUCACUUCUUUGUGCCGGAGUUGAAAUUACUUAAUACGGGUGAAAAUGCUGUUAUGGGUGCGAAAGGUCGGGAUACUAUAAAGUGGGUUGCGGCGCUCCAGAAGACCUUAGAUCAUUAUGGUUCCAAAGUGGAGAACAUGAUCGGACAGCAUCACUGGCCUAAAUAUGGCAAUGCUGCUGUUGUCGAACAUCUCGAAAAUUAUCGUGACACUAUCAAGUUCACCCAUGACCAGGCUCCUAACUUCAAUACUCGUGGUCACUACGGACAUCUCAAACACAACUCCAAGGAGGUAUAUCAAUUCUAUGUUGGCUGGUGGGACGGUAAACCCGCUACCUAUCAGCAACUUCCUCCGGUCGAGUGUGCACAGCAGUAUGUUGCCGACAUGGGAGGAAAUGCAGAAGCACGAAAGAGGGGCGAGUGGCACCGUGACAACGGAAACUACAGAUACUACGCAGAGAUCAUGAACCACGCGGUUUUCAACGAUUCCACGGAUGUGGAAGCAAAGUAUCUGGAAGCUGAUUGUUUGGAGCAGAUCGGCUACAGCGAAGAGAGUGGGCCUCGCCGCAAUUAUAUGCUGACUGGAUCUGAAGAGUUACGACAUGGAAAAGGGGCUUACCCACCUGCUGACCUUGGACCAUCGUUUGUUUUGAACAUGCCAUUGUACAUGCUUCGCCAGGGUCUGGAGAUUCGAAUCAAGCAAGCCAACAAAGCGCACGGAUUAUCGAUCUUGGUCGGUGUUGAAGAAACCAACGAGAUGUUCAACGUUCGUAUCUCGAAUGCGGUCAAGCUGUCGCUACCUAUCACCGACAAGGAUGCACGCCCUGGGUCUACGGCCAGUUUCACAGCCAAACCCAGAUCUGACCUCAUCGCUGCUCUGGUCAUCGGAAACUCUUCGCUGGUCAGUGUGACUGGUGAUGUAGAUACACUCAUGGAGUUUGCUAGUUGCAUAUCCACCGAUGAAGACGCAACUUGA